AUGGGAUUUUCUGGUCAUCUUAAUGGAAAGAUGACUAAAACGAGUUUUUCAAAGGCUUAUAGAUACUUGAUGUACUGCAUGGUACACUCGUUGUCACACAGAAAAGGAGCAUAUGAUGAAGUAUCUGAUUACAUCAUGAAUAUAGUGACUAGUUUGGUAUUAAACAGAAGGUACAACAUUUCUCAAGUAAUCUUUGAAUAUAUGAAGGAGAACUACCAGGAUAAAGGAGACAAAUAUAUUAUGUAUCCAAGAUUCAUCAUGAUGCUGAUCAAUGACAAGAUCAAGGAUCUUCCAAAGAACAAAAGUGACAUCAUGGAUGUGAGAAACAUAACCAAUGAUACAAUUGCAAGAAUCACCAAAGAAAAUGAUGCAAAAACGAAGCAAAUGAUAUGUAAAAUCAAAAAUCCAAAAUAUGUUGCUCCUGAGAAUGACAAAUGGAGACAUGAGAAAAGUGAUUCUGAUAAUGAAGAUGCAAAGAUGAGUGAGAUGAUUGAAAAGAAAACAAGAUGGUGGUGUGCAAGAGAUGAGAAAAGCAAGAGAACUCCAAAGUCAUCCGCUGCUGUUUCUAUUCCAAAGGAUGGAGAAAAGGGGUCUUCUGGAGAACCGCAACAAAGACUGAUAGAUGAAACUGUCUUGGAGCCAUCUGUAGCUAUUGAGCAAGGAAUUGAUCUCUUAAAUCAAUCAUUUGAAAGCUAUCUGAAGAAGAAUGAGGAAGCAGCAGCUCAAAAAGCUCAAGGAUCGAGUGUUCAAGCUGAAGAUAUCACAACCAUUGAACCAGAGGUAGAGGAUCUGGAUAGUUCAAGCGAAGAUGAUUAUGAAGCAACACAAUCAGAAUCAGAAUUGGAUCGAACAACUCUUGGAAGAGGGAAAGCCCAGCUAAAGAAGAAGUCUUUAAAGAAAAAGAAAUCAUCUGAUGAAGAAGAUUCGUCUUAUGAACCAGAUGAACCAAAGAAACAAAGAAAGAAGAGAAAAGCAGUUCAAGCUGGAGUUAUUCCAAGAAAUGUUAGAGCAAGAAAAUCUGGUGCUGAAUCAUCAAAGGAGAAAGGAGGAAAGAAAGAAAAACAUAUUCAAAAGUCAAAGGCUCUUGAAACAGAAAAGACUCAGAGUGUUGAAACUCCAAAAGAACCUGAGGUACAAAGUACUGAAGAACCUGUGGUAAAAGCUCAGAAAAGAACUGGAGGUGAUGAUGACUAUGUUGAAAUCACUGGGUUCAAAGCUGCUACUCCACGUCCUCCUCCUCAAGAUAAACCAGAAUCGUCACAUCCAAAAGGUUCAAAGUUUGAUUAUAUAUUUGAAGGUCUUCCAGAAGCAACGGGGAUUUACACAGAGGACAUUCCUGAAGAUGACUAUGAUAUGUUCAACAAUGAAGCAGUACAAGAAUUGUUACAAAAGGUCAACAAGUUGGAAAAAGAAAAAGCCAAAACAGAAACAGAGCAUGAUAUUCUAAAGAAACAGGUCGAUAAUUUGAUGAACGCUCAUGAUCAAGUCAGAGCGGUGUUGAUAGAACAAGAGGAAGCAAUGAACAGAAUGAAAAAUGAAGCUCAUGAUAAUUCAAAAUUGUUUGAACUGUUGACAGCAGAAAUUGCUUCAUUGAAUGUGAAGAUAAAGAACUUGGAAGAUGUGAAUCAGACGCUUAAUCAGCUUCUCAUUGAGAUGAGUGAAGCUUCAUCAAAUGAAAUGAAGGCAAUUAAGUUAGAGAUGGAAGCCAUGAAGGGAGACAAAGUGGUGAAGGAUGAACAUCUACACAUGUUAUACUUUGUAAUGGAGAGUCACCUAAAGAUGGAAGUUCAUGCUGCCUUCAAUGAAAUUGAAGUAAAAAUAGCUGAGGAAAGAAGAAUCGAACGAGAAAGACGUCUAACUGAAGAAGCCACCCAAAAGAACAAAAGUGUGAUUGAAGAUAUUCAAGAAGCUGGUGGAUCUUCAAGUCAGCCAGAAGUUGGUGGAUCAUCAUCUCAGCAAGACAUUGAAAUGGUUGAUGUUCAAGAACAACAUGUUAAUGAGAUUCAAGAACAAGUCAUGGAAGAUAUCAUUGAUGAACAAGGUCAAGACUUCAUGAUGAUUGGUGAGUCUUCCGAACCCUUUGAUGUUAACAAUGUUCUUCGAAGAGUAGCUGUUAUUCAAAGAAAAAGAAAAGCUAGAGAAGUGUUAUUGCUGGAAUGGAAGAAAAAUCAGUUUGUCCUUGUUGGUGAUGCCACUUCAGUGCCUUAUAGUGGUAAGGAAAUUGCUUGUCGAAUGAAAAUAAAAGAAAGGAAAAGAAAGGCAAAGAUAGCACGUGGAGAAAUCGUUGAUGAUGAUUCUGAUAUAGAGUUAUUUGGAGACGAAGAAGAAGAAGAAGAUGAAGAUGAUAAUGAUGAUAAGAAAGAUGACAAGCUUGAUGAUAAUAAUGAUAAAGAUGAUAAAGGCAAUGAUGACAACGAUCAGGGUGCUUCCGGGUUAUUGAUCAGAGAUCCAAUUGUUCAAGAAAGAGUAGAAGAAUUGAUGAAUGAUGAAAUCAACGAACAAGAGGAUGAUUUACAGAAUGAAGCUUCAUCAUCCGGAAAGCAGCAUGCUGAUCAGGUACUUCUUUCAAACCCAACUGUCAUUUAUUUGAAUGUUCAACAAGAAGGAGAGGUUGAAGUUCGGAGAACUAGAGCUGAAAUGCUAGAAGAGCUGGGAUUAGAAGAUGGAAAGUUUAAGUUUGAUAUUGAGGAUGAGUUUCCUCAGUCUCCAGAAAAAGAUUUCGAGCCUAGAUAUGCUUAUGAAGUAGAUCAUUAUGAUGAUGUCAUUAUUGAAGAUGCUUCAGAUUCAUCCGAAGAUGAAGUUGAUUUUCAUUAA